AUGACGGGUCACAUGAAGGUCCUAAUGAAAUUCGCUAAUGACCCCAUACUACAAAUGCGCGAUGCAAUGGUUCCAAAACUAGAAAUCUCUAGGAAAUUUGAGGUACACAUUGCAGAUCGAGCUCUCUGGAAUACAGGGAACCCAUACACCAAACCUAAUGGGGAGGUUUGGUAUACUGAUGGAUCUAAGCUUGAAAAUGGUAGAACGGGGGCUGGCAUUUUUGGGCCGAACUUUAAAAAAAUGAUACCAAUGGGUAGCUACCCCACCAUCUUUCAGGCGGAGAUUCAUGCAAUAGAAAUUUGUGGCAGAGAAUGUCUCAGAAGGGGAACGUCAUCGAAAUAUAUCUGCAUUAUGUCGGACAGUCAGGCAGCCCUACUGGCCCUGAAGUCCCACAAAAUAAGUUCUCAGCUAGUACAUGAUUGCCGCAAUGUCCUAAAUGCUCUUGGUGACAAGAAUACAGUCUUAUUAGGAUGGGUACCAGGGCAUGAGGGACAUGAUGGCAAUGAGGAGGCUGACUGCCUAGCGAAACAGGGAGCUGCCGCAGUAUUUUAUGGUCCGGAACCCUUUUGUGGGCUCACCAAAGCACAUAUAAAGGGGACCAUAAAUAACUGGGUAGACAAAAUGUUCAACAGGCAUUGGAUGGAAUGUCCAGGGCAAAGACAAGCCAAACGAUUUAUCUGUCCUUCAAACGAAGUUUCAAAGAAGCUAAUCAAUUUAGGCAGAAAGGACCUCAAAACUCUCACUGGGUACUACACGGGACACUGUUCUCUUCGCUACCACCUCAGUAAAAUCAAUCUUUCAGAAACAAGCGUCUGUCGCUUCUGUGAGCUGGACGAAGAAACGCCAGAACACAUUCUCUGUGAAUGUGAUGCUCUCGCUAGGCGCAGACUAGCCCACUUUGGUGGCGCUACCCUUAAUCCAUUUGAAAUUUGGAACAAAACGCCCUUGGAGGUGCUAGGCUACAUUAAGAGCCUUCCCAUAUAG